GUAGGCGGCUACGGCGGCGGGAGGAGGAGGAGGAGGAGGAAAAGAGCUCCCUCUUCGGCGCUGAGCGGAAAGUCACAAUGUUUCAGAUUCCUGUUGAAAAUCUUGACAACAUUAGGAAGGUUCGGAAAAAAGUGAAGGGCAUUCUUGUGGAUAUUGGACUUGAUAGCUGCAAGGAAUUAUUGAAGGACCUUAAAGGUUAUGAUCCCGGAGAGAAAUAUUUUUAUAAUACAUCGUGGGGAGAUGUUUCCCCUUGGGAGUCUUCAGGAAGAAGAAAGAGAUAUCGAACAAAGCCGUACUGUUGCAGCCUGUGCAAAUAUUCAACAAAGCUACUUUCUUCGUUGAAAAAUCAUUUGCAUCGUUACCAUGAAGAUGAAAUUGACCAAGAGCUGGUGGUUCCUUGCUCAAAAUGCAUAUUUGCUUCUCAGCCCAAAGUUGUUGAAAAACACUUUAGGAUGUUUCAUUCUUCUCAACGGAAAAUCCAGAAUUACACCAUGAAUAUUUUGGGUGAAUCUAAACCAUCCAGGAGUGAUGUGAUAAACUUCACAUGCUUAAAAUGUCACUUUACAAACACUUUGUACUACAGCAUGAAGAAGCAUGUACUAAUAGCACAUUUUAAUUACUUAAUUACCUCCUACUUUGGCAUGAGAACUGAUGAAAUGCCUGAGCAGGUGAAAAAUGACAACACUUCACCUGCCAAUAUGAUUCCAUCUUUUGACAAAUACUAUUGUAAAAAAUGUAACAUAGGUGCCAGCAGCCUGGAUGCUUUAAUGUAUCAUAUUUUGACAUCAGACAUACACAGAGAUCUGGAAAAUAGGCUCCGAUCUGUGAUUUCAGAACAUAUUAAGAAAACAGGACUUCUGAAGCAAAUGCACAUUGCUCCUAAACUUUCUACAAAUAUGGCCAUGCCUCCUUUAACUAGCAACAGUGCUCCACCACUAGCUGCUGCCUCCACUUGCAUUCAGCUUGCCUUGUCACAAAAUAAUCAAAACCAAACUCUGGUACAGUCACAGGCAGUAACUGUGGCCUCAAGUGCCUCUGGGACUCUUACCCAUAAUGCCCCUGCUACUGCUCAAUCACAUGUAACUCUUGUAUCUAGCCCUUUGCCAGUGGGUCAGAAUAAUAUUACUCUUCAGGCAUCUGUUCCUCAGCCUGUCUUUGUUUCUCAUGGCCUCCCACUUAAUCAACCUGUGAGUCCUACAGUUCUUCCUCUAAACCAGCCAGUUGGACCUGUCAAUAAGUCUGUUGGAGCAGGAGUUCUCCCUAUAAACCAAACCAUUCGCCCAGGACUUUUGCCCCUUAAUCAACCUGUUGGACCUAUAAAUAGACCUAUUGGACCUGGAGUUCUUCCCAUAAAUAGACCCAUUGCCCCAAAUGUGCUUCCUGUAAAUCAACCUGUUGCAUCAGGUGUCCUCCAGGCAGUUCCACCGGGGAUGAUCUCUAUGGGGCAGACAGUUCCAUCAGGGGUACUUCCUGUGGGCCAAGCAGUCCCAUCAAAUGUUCUUCCCAUGGGCCAGACGGUUCCAUCUGGAGUUCUUCAGCUCAAUCAGUCCGUUAUGCCAGGAGUCCUUCCUGUUGGCCAAGCAGUGAGACCUGGAGUACUCCAUGUUAAUCAACCAAUUACACCAGGGGUUAUGCCUGUAAAUCAGCCAGUCAGACCUGGUGUUUCCCAAAAUGCCACUUUCCUAACUGCAGGCUCAAUUCUUAGACAGCUAAUACCAACAGGGAAACAAGUUAAUGGGAUACCCACAUAUACCUUAGCACCAGUUUCAGUUACAUUGCCUGUACCCCCUGGUGGUGUGGCAAAUGUUACACCACCACAGAUGCCAAUUCAGCUCAUGCAGUCUAGUGCAGCCACACAGAUAUCUCAUUCCCCAGCUGGUGCACCCUCUCCUCCUGUAGUGGUAAGCACUUCUCAAAAUAUGAUUGUGCAGGCAUCUUCAUCUACUCCAGAAACAAGCCAAGCUCUCAAACAGGCCAAACAGUGGAAAACCUGUCCAGUUUGCAAUGAGCUCUUUCCUUCUAAUGUCUACCAGGUGCACAUGGAAGUGGCUCAUAAACAUGGUGGAUCAAGCACCAAUGAAAAACUGGAGCCUGAAAAACUUGCAGCCUGUGCACCAUUUUUAAGGUGGAUGAAAGAAAAAACUCUUCGCUGUCUCUCUUGUAAAUGCUUCAUAUCAGAGGAAGAACUUAUGCAUCAUUUAUUAAUGCAUGGUUUGGGUUGCUUAUUCUGUCCAUUCACUUUUCACAGUAUUAAAAGUCUUUCAGAUCAUAGUAGGACCUCGCACCUUGGAAAGAAUAGAUUAUCUGUGGAUUAUAGCAACAAAGGCUUCCAGUUAGAUAAUGAUGCAAAUGGUAACUUAAUAUUCCCCCAUAUUGAUUUCAUUACCAUAUUGCCAAAGGAAGAACUUGGAGAAAGGGAAGUCUAUUUGGCAAUACUCACUGGAAUAUAUUCCAAGACACUUGUACCAAUUUAUGUUAAAGUGAGGCCACAAACUCUUGAGGACCACAGCAAUCCUGGUAAGCAAGUCAAUACCUGUCCAUUUUGCCUUGGUACCUUUAUGACCACAGAAACCUACGAAAUACAUUUGAAGGAGAAGCAUCAUGUCAUGCCCACUGUUCAUACGUUUUUAAAGUCUCCUGCUUUCAAGUGCAUUCAUUGCUGUGGGGUAUAUACUGGGAAAAUGACAAUGACUGCAAUUACUGUCCAUUUGUUACGCUGCAGGAGUGCGCCUAAAGUUAGUAGUUCAGAUCUACAAAUAGAGCCUGAUCUUAGUGAAAAAGAACUGCCACUAGUGAAUGGUGAGAUACAUGAUUCUGUUUUUCCUGUAAAGAGAAAACUUCCUGAUAACUCUUCUGGGGCAGAGGACCAAAGGGAUAAAGAAGAACCUCUUAUCAUAGAUAACGACAUCGCUUCUGUUUCUGAAAAAGCAGUGAAUGUGCCUUCUAAAAAACAAAAGAAUGAAAGCAAGACUGAGGGGCCACUGAUGAAUGAUGAUGCUCUUCAUAUUCUAGCACUAAAUCCCCAAAAGUAUGAAGACCGUUCAUAUGAAGAGAAAAAGCAGUUUCUUAAGGAUUAUUUCCAUAAAAGACCCUAUCCUAGCAAAAGAGAGAUAGAACUGUUAUCAUCUCUUCUCUGGGUAUGGAAAAUUGAUGUCGCAUCCUUUUUUGGGAAAAGAAGAUAUACAUGCCUAAGAGCAAUAAAAAAUCACAAACCUUCUGUGCUUUUGGGCUUUGAUAUGUCAGAACUGAAAAAUGUUAAGCACAGAUUACACUUUGAGUGUGAAACACAAACCUUGUAAAAAAAACAAAACAAAAAACUUUAGAAAACCACAAAUAGGAAGCAAUCAAAAGGCUAAUUUUUAAUUUAGUUUUAUUGGGGUGGGUACUUAGGUUUGCAGUUAUGGUGUAAUGACCUGAUGAAUUACAGUGAUCUUACACUACUUCUCUAGAUGUUUCUGGGCACACAGUUUGAAUAGUAAUUAGUUUGAGUUUGUUUUUUGUGGAGGUCAUUUUUUUUUUUUAGUUUUCCAAUAAUAUGUAAAUUAAACCUUGUUUUAUACAUGCUUGUUUUCCCAGUAGUGUAAAGAUAUUAAGAAAACAAAACUAUGGUUUUUUUGUUUUCAUUUUCGCAUUCAUCUUAGUAGUUUUUUGUUGUUUUUUUUAAGUGGUGAAUAGUACAGCAAACUUUUUCUUAGAGACAGGAGUACAAGUGGUAAGUAAAAAAUCCAUUGAUGCAUAUGGCACAGUAAUGGUGUGCUGCAUUACCUUUUAAUAAUUUCUCCUUUGUAAAAUAUUUGCUUGUACUGACCGAUUUAUAAUUUCCCAAAUGUGCUACAUUAGAAAAAUAUUUUAUAGAAAUCAAAACAUUUCAUUCAUGGACUAUAUACCCAAAUCCAGAAUUUAGUAGGUGGCAUAUAGUUGAUAUAUUAAAAAAGCAUCAUUAUUACCAAAAAUGAAGCACUCUUCUCUUUUAGAUACAGAAAUAUAUUUCAGUAUAGAUUUUCCUUUUUUGACAUGUAUUACUUUCCAUGCAGAGAGAUAAGGCAGUACCUUCUUAGUGCCUUUUUAUCAGUGAGAGAUUUGGAAUAUUUGAAUAAAUUUCCUUUCCCCCUUAAUUUGCUCAGAAACAGCCCGAAGAGGGACAGGGAAAUUUUUUUCAAGAUAAGGAAAUAGAAAUAUAGAUGUUUUACCAUUUGGUAGUUGCUUAAUAUCCAGGUCAGUCUAGUGGUGUUAUGCUGACUACAUAAUAUUUUCAGCAGAUCUAGUAAAAUUAAACUAGGCUCAAUGGCCAUCUGUCAGCAAUUGAUAUAUUAAAAUUUACCAGUGACAGGAUUUCUUAAAUACUGAAAAAUGGAAGGAUACUGUUUAUUUUACUAUGUCAUUGUACUUAAUGUUUAAUUAUAUGAUUUUUAUUCUGUUACUUUUUGGCUAUAAGUAGAGAUCUUUGGAUAUCAGCUAGAACCUUUUUACAAAAUGAAAAUCACCUGAAUGAGCUGGAUCCAGUAACAGAGUAGGCAGUUUAGUCAUUAAGUCUGUUGUAUUGUUCAUAUACUGGUCUGGGGGUAGGGGAUUUUGGGGGGGAAGGUGGACAUCAUUUUUGUUGUUGCUCAUUAUUGAAAGGAUAGAGCUUGACCCAUAUGGUGGAAAAGUUGGAACAUUCUAUGGAAAGUUUGGAUCCUAUUCAAUAGAACUUUCUACAUAAUAUUUUUAGGAUAAUAUUGCAUGCAUCUGUUACACUGUGUCUUUUGAAACAAUUGUGUAAUUGGAUUGUGAUUGUAAAUGUACUCUCCUAUUGUAAAUUUCAAAGAAAAAGCUUGCUGAACUUUUCCCAUUUAAGAUUUUUUUAUAAAUUGUUUUCAAAGUGUCUAU